AGGUAAGGCCUCUUUAAAGAAAGUCCAAAUACAAGCAGAUGUAAGACAUUGUUGCUAUAUUCAUGAAGGGCUGGAGUUGUUUACAAAACAUCUUGGAUGACUCCUGCCUGUCUCUUCUUUCCUGGGAGGGAUAAUUUCUGAGACACCCCCAGGGGACAAGACCUAGUGACUAGGGCCCUGGGCUAAAGAUGAAAUCAAUUUGUUUUUCCUCAUUUUCCUCUAUACAGUUGCUUUCUUUCUGAGUAGAUAAUUGAGCCUGCACAGCUCCUCAUCUUCUUUCCUGAAGAGGACUCCCUGGUUUCUCCACCCAUGCCAGGGUUCUCAUGGAGCCAGAAUCAGAGGCAAAUGGAACUGCUGUCACUGAGUUUAUUCUACUGGGCUUGGUGGAGACACCAGAGCUGUGGCCUUUUGUCUUUGUGCUCUUCCUCUUUGCCUACCUGGUUUCAGUUGGGGGCAACCUGAGCAUCUUGGCUGCCAUCUUGGUCGAGCCCAAACUCCAUACACCCAUGUACUUCUUCCUGGGGAACUUGUCAGUGCUGGAUGUUGGGUGUAUCACUGUCACUGUCCCUGCCAUGUUGGAUCGUCUCUUGUCCCAUAGGCAUAUAAUUCCCUAUCAAGCCUGCCUCUCUCAAAUCUUCUUCUUCCACCUUCUGGCUGGGAUGGACAGCUUCCUAUUGACAACCAUGGCCUAUGACCGAUUCCUGGCCAUCUGCCGGCCCCUCACCUACAGCACCCGCAUGAGCCACACAGUCCAGUCAUCACUGGUGGCUGUGUCCUGGGCCUGUAGCAUCAGCAAUGCACUCACCCACACUAUUGCCCUUAGUACACUCAACUUUUGUGGUCCCGAUGUCAUCAAUCACUUCUACUGUGACCUCCCACAGCUCUUCCAGCUCUCCUGUUCCAGCAUCCAAUUCAAUGAGCUGUUGCUCUUUGUCAUGUGUAUUCUAAUGGCAGGUGUCCCUCUGGUUCUCAUCAUCACCUCCUACACCCACGUGGCAGCUGCAGUUUUACGAAUCCGCUCAGUGGAAGGCAGGAAGAAAGCUUUCUCCACAUGUGGCUCCCACCUCACUGUGGUUUGCCUCUUCUAUGGAACUGGUAUCUUCAACUACAUGCGUUUAGGUUCAGAGGAGUCUUCAGACAAGGAUAAAGGGGUUGGGGUUUUCAACACAGUUAUCAACCCCAUGCUGAACCCACUUGUCUAUAGCCUUAGAAACCCUGAUGUGCAGGGUGCCCUGUGGAGGGUGCUCAUGGGGAAGUGGUCACUGACCUGAUCAGUGAUAGGCUGAUAAUUCCUCUCCUUUCCUGCCUUUUCUGAGUUGAGGAAAAUUUUCCAUCAAAGCAGUAACCUGGAGAAAUGAUUACAAACCAUUCAUUUAUACACUCUGAUGUUGGAAAAUUUUGUGUUAUGUAUCUCUCCAGCAAAGGAUCCCUACAUAAUCUAUUCAUUUACUUGGGCAACAAAUGUUUAUCGAGUUGCUUGUAUGAUCCAAACACUCCUCUGGGCACUGGUGAACAAUCUCUGCACUUGUGCAACUCACAUUUUAAUGAAGGGUGAUAAAAUAAAUGGCAUAAACACACAUCAUAUUUGAGACAUCCUAUAGUGAUAUGUGCUAUUAAGAAGAACAGGUAAGAUAAGGGGAAAUGGGGUUAGGAUCUUCCCAGCAAGGCCCCCUACCCCAGCAAGUUGCUACCUUGUUUUCAGCUAUGCUCACUUCCCCGGCAGCAUUGAAGCCUUGGAAGGCUGGUAAGUCUCGGCAGCAGUAACCUAAAAGCAACAACUAUUUCCUUGAUCACAGCCCAAAGAACCACGAAUAUCACUGGGAGGUUUUAUUCUCAUGGGAAAUGGUAGAUUCCUUCUAGAUCAGGGUGCAGAAAGCUGUUUUGAACCAGUGCUAAGGAUUAUUUUUUUCUAUGGUUCACCUUUCACCUCUAAGAAAAUCAGUUUCUUCUCUUUACUAACACAAAAAAUCCCAUAGGAUGUUUAGGGGAUAGGUAAGAUCUAGAGAGGUAAAUAGCCUGUUACAUAAAAGCUACAUCAAUACACACAUGGUAUAUCCACAGGCCUGAAAAGGCAGGUUUCUUCUCCAUCCUCUGCUAUAUCUUCUCCCUUAUUAAGUGAGUCACCAUUCUCGCAUAUACGAUGAAGCCUUUGAAAAAGUAAGCAUUAUUACUCCAAUCAGGUCCUUAGAAUUUACACUGUAGGGUGUCCAUUGUAACCUUCUCCUCCAGAGUUCUGCAUUUCUCCCCCAAACCUCCUAGUUCAGAAAGUAUCCAUAAAUGUAGUCUCUGGGAGUGAUGUUUCUUACUCAAUUUACUUAGUUAUACAUCAGUACAACUCCCACGCAGAAGAUUCCCUCUACCUGAGUUCCUCCAGCCUUCAACCAUCCAUUCCCAAUUUGUGUCUUUUCUCCAGCCUCUUCAAGAAGGCUACUAACCUGUCCUGGCAGUUCUGCUCUGAUGUCCCUCUACUGUAUCACUCCUAAAACUGUCCCAUGGUAUACCUGGAGCUUGGCUUUUCUGUGAUCCCUUCUUGAAGCCAGGAAACUGUAAGAAUGAGCUGAAAUGAAGAUGAGGGGAAAGGACAUGAAGGGAGGCAGUAGGGCAGGAUUGGGAAGAGAGCAAUGAAGAUGAGAUGUGAGGAUAUGGGGAGCAAUGGGACAGCACGGUGAGCAAAAGGGGUGAGAAAAAGGAUAGCAUUUUGGGAAAGGACAUUGGAAAAUGGGAGAUGAGAAAGCAUGGGAGAAUUAGGAGUAUCCAAUGAAAUGACUAAAGAAGGGUGAUGAGGUCAAAGACGGGUGUGGAACAAAUGGAGGACAAACAGGGAUGGGAGACGAGAACAAAAUUCAUACUGUGGACUCACUUCCCAUUAGCUGUGACCACACAGCUAAUAGCCCCUUUGAUGUUCUUGUUAGGCCUCACCCUUCCCAGCAGGAAGAAAAAAUGUUUAAGUUGUGCCAAAGGUAUAAUGAUGAAAGUCAGCUGGGAAGUACUCCUAUGCUUCUUCUUGCUAGCAGACAAUGUUAGAGGACAGAGUAGGACUGACAGGUGGAGCAGAGGGAGGGAAGAUGUUUGUGUUGAGGGUUUAUGCUCCACAACUCCACAGGG